AUGCCUGAGGCAGCGAUAUACUCCGCUCUCCGCCCAGUGGCCAGUGACGACGAUCUUCAAGUUCGUGGGUUGAGUCCGCGCUCCGAGAUACUCAACCCUCUGACUUUUGUCGUUGAUGCAGACAUAUCUGGACCAGGGCGACAAUUGCUAACACAGCAGAAGCAGUCGCCGAAUCCAGAGGAGCUGCCAGUCAUGGCACCCGCUCCACGUCGUGAGCUCCUAGCCAAGGAACAUUUCGCAUUCGUCUUUGGCAACGUCAAGACCCAACCUUACCAUGAUCCUGCUGCAAAAGGACCUGGAUCACACACCAUCCGUACACUAGCAUGGAAUCCCACCGGCCAGCUGAUUGCGACUGGCUCCGCGGACCGUACCUUGCGCAUUUGGAACCCUGAACGCCCGAACGCCCGAUACUCAACCGAGCUCCGUGGCCAUUCAGCAGCUAUAGAGAAAGUUCUCUUCAACCCCGUCCGCGACGCAGAAUUGGCUAGCUGCUCGACAGACGGCACAGUGCGCUUCUGGGACGUGCGCUCCAAGACAUGCGUGAGCCGACUCGACGUUGGGGGCGAGGCCUUCACCUUGUCCUGGUCCGCCGAUGGCAGCACAAUGGUCGUCGGAAAGAAGGAUGAUACUUUAAUACCUAUAUCAGUUCAAUCCCCUUCGUCGCCGCACACCAUCACCGACGGAAGCAAUAGCACCGGCAUAAACUCCUACUCAGCUUCCAAGCCCGGCGCAACAACCUAUACAGCUCUCACCCCGCACCCCCAACCCGUCCAAACGAACGCAACCACUUUCUCCCACCACAUCGCAUCCCCUUCCUCCCCCGACCUCCACCUCUUCGCGACAACCGGCGACGGAACCGUAAAAAUAAUGUCCUACCCCUCCUUCGAUAUCCUCCACACCCUCAACGCACACACCUCAGCCUGCAUGGCCGUCUCCCUCGCCCCAACGGGCCGCUAUCUCGCAAUUGGCGGCAGCGACGCCCUAAUCUCGCUCUGGGACACAACAGACUGGAUCUGCCGCCGGACACUAUCCAGCGAAAACGGCGGCGGCAUCCGAGGUGUUAGUUGGAGCUUUGAUGGGCGCUUCCUCUGCGGUGCGUGUGAUGAGCUUGGCUGUGGCGGGAAUGGGUUGGAGAUCUUCCAUGCUGAGACAGGUGAGAGCCUUUACACUAUACCCUUGACCGGUAUGAAUGCGGGUGUCCCUGCUGUUGCCUGGCAUCCUUCUCGCUAUUGGUUGGCCUAUUCUACUACCAAUGAUGGUCCUGGUAGUGGUGGUCCUGGAGGGCUUAAGAUUGUCGGUGCUGGUGGUGGGAACCUCUGA